UGCGCACGACACUGACUUUUCCAUAGCACACGGCCCGAAAAAUUUGUAUACAAACCCACAUGGGAAGGCCAUCAACAUAAAGUUAACCGGGAAUAUUUAAGUGUCGAGUGAAAUUUAAACAAUGAUGUGCCUGUGACAGAUGUCAGUGAUCAAGAUGUGUGUGGCAGUGGGACAGAAUGUGUGUUUGGUGUGUGUAGUACUCACUGUUCUCCAUAGUGGAGGAGAGGCCAAGUCAAAACGAUUUGAGGAUCCACUUUCCAAUACCAGAUCUGAACUGGCAAGUCUGAAAGGCAGACAGCUAGUGGGCAAAUAUGGGCCAAAAUCAUCUGCUUCCAUGGAGCACAGAUCAAAUGUCACUCAGGAAGUUCUCGAAGGUGCUAUAUCAGAACAUUCUAGGUUUUUUAUGAAAAAAUUAUUUCAAAAGUAUGGCUCUAAUGGUCUAAUGACCUUUGAGGGGUUUGAGCACUUCUUGGAAAACCUUGGUUUGGCUGAAAUUAAUAUUGUGGACCACACUUUGGCAGAUCACCAGGAAGCUGGUCAGUUUAUUAAUCUUCACAAUGGAGACCACCAACACCAAAAGUCACAGUCUAGUCCUUCUACAAUACCAGACAGUAAGGAAGUACAGCAUUCCAAUAGAGAUCACCAUGAUCAUGACCAUGACUAUGAUUCCCACGCAGAAGACUUCCAUAGGCAUAAAACGCAAGACCAUAGAAAGAGGAAAGAAAGAGACUUAACUGACGGCAAGGAAGAGCUGAUUUCUGAUAAAGUAGACAGUGCUUACAGAGAAAAAAGGAAAAUUCAUUUGCAAAGUGUUAAACAUGUCUCAGAUAAAUCGUCCAGAUUGAACAGUCGUCACAUCAGGGGCAUUGAGGAGGCUGGUCAUGACCAUGGAUCUCAUGAGGGUCAUGACCAUGGAUCUCAUGAGGGUCAUGACCAUGGAUAUGUUGAUGACCAUGAUCAUGGGUCCCAUCAUGACCAUUUGUCCCACACCGAUCAUGGAAGCCAUGGUGACCAUGCAUCAGAAAGUAAACAUUCAAAUCAUGAUCAUGAACAUGAUGCCCAUACAGAAAUAACCACUGUUCCAACAUUAUCCUCAACACGUGCCAAGAACUCUAGAAAGCCUUCCAGAAAAAGGGGAAGAAUCCAAAUAUCAAAUAGGAGGAAUCGCAAAACAACUGAAACUCCGAUAGUUGCAGGAACUUCCUUGUCUCCAGCAGUUCACAGCAAGACACUUGACUCAAAACUUGGGUUGCCUUGUCAUGAUGGAGCCCUCAGUUGUCAGAAAAAGUGUUUGAGUGCACAAGAACUGUUGGUGAUGUUCAACUUGGGGCCAGACUCUGAAAUUGAGGAGACACAGUUCUUGCAACUAUGUCCUGUGUUGAUGUACCAGCUGGACGCAGGAACCUGUGGAAGAAUGGGAACAAAGUCUCAGCUCCGUACACAUUCCCCAGCAGGUGUUCCACACGCUGACCAUGACCAUGACCAUGACCAUGAUCAUGACAAUGUCUCUGUGGUGGAAGCCGUCUCUGGUAAAAGCAUUCCAGGCAAAGUGUGGGGAUUCAGUUUGCUGGCUGUGAUUAUUAUCAGUGCUGUGGGCCUGGUGUCAGUGGCUAUCAUCCCCAUCAUUAACAAAGUCUUCUACAAUCACCUCCUCCAGUUCCUUGUGGCUGUGGCUGUGGGCGCAUUGUCUGGAGAUGCUCUCCUACAUCUUAUCCCUCAUGCCAUGGAAUUGGGGUCUGGAUCAGGGGGUCAUGAAUCUCAUGGCCAUGAAGAUGCCCAUGAAGAUGCCCAUGGCCAUGAUUCCCAGGCUGUUUGGAUAGGACUCAUGGCGUUAUCUGGCAUCUAUGGAUUCUUCAUAUUAGAGCGUGUUGUCACUAUCAUUACUGUGGUGAAAAACAAAAAGAAACGACAGAAGAAGAGAAGUUCUCCUGUAUACAUGGAUAAGGAGGCGCAGUUCAGUCCAGCAGUGGGAGCAAAGUUAUCAGGACAUGUGGAAUCCUGUGAGGGGAUGGUCAUGGUAGUCCAUCCAAACAAAGCCAUCAGAGAGUUUGCUAACGGCACUCAGGCCGCCCAUCAUGAGUGUGAAGAGGAACAUCAUGCUAAUGGGAAAGAAGACUUUGAAGAAGCCAUGGAGUCCCUAACAACAGGCGUUAUUGUUGAACAAGAUCACAGCCAUGGCCACGGUCAUGGCCAUAGUCAUGAGAUCCCCAAUACUGUGGCUGCUGUGGCCUGGAUGGUCAUCCUGGGAGAUGGGAUCCACAAUUUUACUGACGGACUUGCCAUAGGAGCCGCUUUCUCCAGCAGCGUCACAGGUGGGAUAAGCACGUCCAUUGCCAUAUUCUGCCAUGAACUCCCACAUGAAAUAGGCGACUUUGCAGUUUUGUUACGCACGGGAAUGUCAAUAAAGCAAGCCCUGGUGUACAACUGUGUCUCUUCAGUGCUGUGCCUAGUGGGAAUGGUUAUUGGUGUGCCCUUGGGUAACCUAGAUAAUGCAAGUAUAUGGAUCUUUGCCAUGGUCGGUGGGAUGUUCAUCUACAUUGCCUUUGUUGAUAUGUUGCCGGAGAUGACGUCCGUGGACACAAAGCAAGGAGAGCAUCCUUUCCUUCACCUUAUCUUUCAAGUGUUUGGAAUGUUGGUAGGAGCUGGCAUCAUGCUGUUGAUAGCUGUGUAUGAGCAUGACAUCAUGUCCAGUCUGGGGUCCUAAUUCACAAGGCUGUUGGCAGCAUUGUAUCAGCAAGUUGGGCUACACAGGAACUUUAGUUUUUGUCUUAAGCACUCUUUUCAGGGCUGUGUUUCGGAGAGGAAGCAGAAUCUCGCAAACACUCCCGUAAAAAAGACAAAAGCAUUAGGAGACCACCACGAAAAUCUUUUGUUACAGCAAGACAACGCAAAUUUUGUGAUAUCAAGUAGUUUCUUCUUCACACAUCAGACAUAAGAUUUUGUAAGAUAAUUCAAGUUGCAAAAGUGGGAUUUCACAUUACCUGACCUGUGACUGCAAUGGACUUUGAAGUCUAAUAAGGCGUUGCGAUGCAGUAAAUUAUUAAGUUGCAUAUAUAAUUGUAACUAUGACUGUGUGUUAGAUGUAAAAAUCAUUUAUAUUACCAAGUCAUUAUCUUUUGGUGGAGGGCCAUAGGGGAAUAUGAACAAAUUCAUGUGACAAGGCCUCGUUCCAAAGAACUGUCUGCCUGGUACUAUAUGCUGUACUUAUUUAAUAAGUCUCCUGUUUCUAUUUGUUUGGAAAGGCUUUUGCCAACGAUAUUUGAGUUGAUACCUUUUUUAAGCUACAUUAAAACAUAUGUAUGUAUAUGUGUUUAUUACAUGUGGUUUUGCUCACCAAAGUAUAGUUACCCAAAAAUUGCUUUUAUGUGUAUUUUGUCUUUGCACCACAUUGCUCAGCAUCUGUGUUUGUCAGUUUACGCAGCUUACAUAUAGACAAUGUUCAGUGACAGUAUAGUGCUCGUAAAAUUUUCUGUUUGUUAUGUUUUUUUUUUAUUUUGAUGUUCCUGUGUUGUUUUAUAGGAUGAGUUUGCUAGUGUGUGGGUGUUUCUUCUGUCCAGUCCUGUCUGAUCAUUACAGUUGAAUUUGAAAGCUGAUGCAUUAGGAUUACGUAAUUAUCAGAAUUGAGAAAGCGGUGGCAUUUUAAACUACAUGUGCCCAUUUUGUUGUUGUUUCACCUCAAAGGUGAAAUGGCCUGAGUCAGGUAGGGCAACUUUCUGGCAGCAGAUUUUGGGGCAUGACGAGUACUGCUGCAGACACAAAUCCAGGGUUUACCUGUGGCUUUAAUUCAAGAGGUUUGCAGGGUACCUAGCAAAGAACAAUGGUUUUUCUCCAAGUGGCCUGAUAUUCUCCACCAAUUAACCUGAAAAGUUUUUUAAAUAGGGUGGGCAAACACCAGUCAAAAUGAAUAAAUACAGCAAAUAUAAUGUGAAAAGAUUUUGAUGUUAAUUUUUAUUUUUUUUGCCUUUCUUUGAUUGCUGUUUCAUGCCAUACUCAAGAAUGUUUUACUUAUAUGACUGGAAAGUUAAUACACACUAGAUGUUAUUUCAAUCCCUGCCUUGAACAGACAUUUUGGAAGAUUCUACUGCUUUCACCAUUAUCUGGGCUUGGUAGCAAAAAGACACUGGUGUCUGAAUGGGUGUUCAAGUGAUCUUACAUGAAGUGUAUGGGAGAUUACUUGCCUACCACCAGUUUGGCUGAGCUUGUUCCACAGUUGAAGAUCAGUUACACGUUACUUGCCAAAUGCUGGUGGUUUAUUUCAGUUUUCCUCCACAUGGAACUGUCCACUCUUACAUGAGUGAAACAUUCUUGAAAAUGGUUUCAGUCACCAAAUAAUCAUUAAAAAGUGAUAUUGAAUCAUUAAAAGUGAUGCUCAGAAUUUAGGUCAUGCCUACAUUUAAGUGUUGUUGUACUCAAACAUUUUUGUAUCUGAUGUUCUACAUUUGUAAGAGGUGAAGAAAGUUUAGGGUGUUUAAAUGAUACAUUAUGAAUAUGAAGACACUCUAAGGAGGAUGACAAAGGUCAUAGCCCAUUGGUGAUACAUUCACUGAUACUGAUCAAGCAGCCCUGGGGACAAACCAUAUUGUUCAUUUUUGGCCUCAAUCCCGUGUUAGCUUGUUUUCUUUAUAUCUCUUCAAUUGUCUCAAAACCACAUAUGAAAUGCCAACGUGCAACAUUUGUACACAUACUCGCAAAUAUUUUAUUCUAGAAUAUUAAUAUUGUUACGAUGCACCUAUUGUAGUUAAGUGCUGGUCACUUUGUGUCUCAAGGAUUUUUAAGAUAAACCAAAUGAAAGUUCAUUAUUCUUCACAUAUUAGAAAUCCAUGUAGAUAUGUUGAAGCUGGUCACAAGAAUACAUAUUUGUUUCUGAACGGUGAACUAGAAGUUUUGGCUGAUUUUGUGUGAUUUCAGUUUCCAACACUUCCCAUACACCCACAUUUUCUAUUACUGUCAGAGCAGCGGUUGAUUUGUUGUUCCUCAAGGACUGAGUUAUAGUGAAUAAUAAUAGUCAUUUGGUUAGCCAUCACUGAAGGAAAAGAAAUUGGAAAAGUUAAGUAAGAAUCAGUAGAAAGACCACUGAAAACUGUAUCUGAAAAUACUUGAACUUGUUAUUUAUAAGAUAUUUUUCACUGAGUUAAAUGCAGUCAAAUGUUUUGAUUGUAUAGCCGUCUUUAUGCAUCACAUUCAUAAUGCCCAUGUAUUUUGUUAGUGACACCAACUUUUUCUACACCUUAAUGUUAACUGCUGAAUAAAAUCCCUGGGACUUGUACUGGUGUAGUGUGUGUCUGUACGUGAAAAAUCAAAUUUGAGAUCAAAUACCUGUUGUAGAUCCAGAAAAACGUUGAUGUGACAUUAGCAUUGACAUGCAUUAUCAAUGUAAUCCAAACAGCCCACAGUACAAUCAGAACACUUGUCUGCAUUUAAUUCUGUGAAAAAAAUCUAAAAUAUAUAGGCACCAGUGCUGUAAUUAUUCUGGUGUUUAGGACAGAUAUUAGUAGUGCUGAAAGCUACAUAUUACAUAUCUCUCCCAAUUCUUUUGUACUUGUUUUUCAUUGGAUGCACAAAUAAAAUGAGAAAAGAGAAACUGUGUGUUCGUAUUAAAAUUACAUGCAUAUUGGCUAGAGAGCAGAUAUCCCAGAAAUGAAAAGAAUUAGGAUGAAGGCAUUGCCACACACAGUAAGUGUUUUCAGUGGUCUAUCUGCUAGUACUUAGGCUAUUUUUACAAUGUCUUUACGUUUAAUAAUGCUGGCUAUAUACAAAUAUGACGGGAGGCGGCACUGUAUUGUAUGAUUACUGUCAUUGUUUAUCAUAUACAUGUGUAUUUAAUCUCACCUUUAUAAAAUGUUGAUGUUGAUGCAUGUACAUGUAAUUUGCACAUUACGAUUUGCCAUUGAUUUGACAUCAUGAUUCGGACAACUUUGAUUUUUCAUUUGCAAUUAUCAUCAUGUGUGUAAAGAAUUUCUUUAAUGAACACUUAAGAAUAAAUACGAUAAAGGGUUUACACUCUGCACUGAUUUGUAGGAAUACGUUUAUACUGAGAUUGCAUAGGUAAACCGUCACUGCUGAUUCCAAUGUGUGCAUAUCUGAAAGUGUCUUAUUUACCGCGUUUAUUUUUUGCAUUAAAUCAGAAGCCACUUUGUUUUCAGCUUUUGGAAGUUCAAAUAUUUGUUGCAUUUAUUGUAUGACUGUGUCUAAUUUGAAUGGAAAAUGUUACCCUGUAUAUAGAUUUGGUUGCCAGCAUGGUGUGUAAUUUUUGUGGUAAUAAUUAAAAGUUGGUGAUGUUUCCAUAUACAUGUAUACUUUAAUGUACAGUAUUAGUUUUGAUGCAGUGACAUUGUUGGACUUGUGCCGGAUGAUACUGGUUCAGUCUGUGUAUCAUGUAAGUGUUCUUAAAAUUGUUUCAUUACAUUUUCUUUUUUGAGUUCAUUUGGUUGCAGGCAGAAAAAAGAACUUCAUUUUAGUUCUAUUUUGAUUUCGUUUCACUGCAGAUGGGUGCAGGCGUUUGGAUGACGUAAAGGUGUAACUGACAUUGUUGAGGUUAAAAUUGGACACCCUGUAUUUCAUGAUUGUCAAUUUUUUUCCCCAGAGAACCUUAACUAUUUUAGUACGCAACAUAUAUUUUCUUGAAAAUGUGUAAAGUGUCUGUAAAGUAUGUCUUCUUGGUUUGCUCUGUAUUCGCGUCUGGUCUUCACAUGACUUAACCACAAAUAGGCAAAGUGUAAUUAUGGAACGCAUUUAUUAAUA